AUGGUCGACCGCAGAGUCGAAGAUAAUCCGAACGACCCCGCUGCUAGAACCGAUAUCCGCCGUCGACUGAGAAGUGCCGAUAAUGAUGCGGAGCCCCCGGCGACUCCGACGAUUCCAGAAAGAACAGAAUCCAGCGGAAGGGACGAAGUCCCCGAGACGAGUGGGAAGGUCAUACUCGAAGAAACCCUCCCAUCAAGGGUUUUUGCGAUGGAAUGCUAUCCAGAGGCAGAGAGGCUGAACAUAUACUCGAGAUCAAACGUUAUUGGUCGCGUGGCUCAUGCGUUGGGUGGAACAGAGUCUCUGGAAACUAUUCUCGGAUCGCAGUUUAGACAGCUGUUCAUGUUGGCUGUUGCUAGAUGUCACAACUCAGGGAAACUAAUCCACUCAUUGCUCGCGAGGCAGUUGAUAACGAAGAAGAAAUACGAGUUGUGGUCAGUUUUUGGAGGCAAGCCAUUGAGGUUCUCCAUCCGUGAAUUCCAACGAGUUACAGGGUUGAAAUCCUCAAAAAUACCCGGAGGUCACUCACUUGUUCCCGUAGUAUCGAAACAACGGUCGAGGAAAUGGAAAGAGCUAUUUGGGCCUCAUUGUAUGCACGUGAGCGUGGACGACGCAUUGAACUUGCUGGAAGACCCACACCUCGCGGAGUGUAAGCGGUUGCCGAUAGCUUUGAUAGUUCUGGUAGACGGUGUCCUGGUUAUGAACAAGACACGGAAGCUCACACCGGCGUACGUGGAUAUGCUUGAAGAUGUACAACCUUUCCUAGAUUUUCCGUGGGGUAGGUUAUCAUUCAUCAGAACCCUAUCCCGUUUCGGCCCAGAGCCGUUGUCCACGAAGACUCCGGAUCCAAUAACAAAGCUUAAGAACCGGCUCAGGCAACAAACCUCUGCAUGCUACGGUUUCCCACUAGCACUACAGCUGAUAGCUUUUGAGGCGAUCCCACUUAUACUUGAAAAAAUCCCUGAUUCAACAAAGACGGCAACUUUUCUAGAAGAACCGCUAGCCUGUGUAACCCCAGCCAUUCUGUUAGAAGCUGAGGAUAUCUUAGAGGUGGAGCACAACCCGAAGCUUAUCGUGCAAGGGUACCUCCCAGAAGACGAAGACUCAGAUCUCGAUUGGGACAAUGAAGUUGAGGACGACACAGUCGAUCGCAUGGUUGAGCUGCUCCGAUCAGGACAUGUGUUCACACCUCAUGAAUUCCGUGGAGGAGAUUCUUCUUCUCGUCAUGUCACACGACAAACCGACGGUGGAUCUGCGAGUAUGGGAGACACACCUGGUGCAGCCUCUAGGGUCAAAAGGAAACCACAUCGGAAGAACCAGAACUGUAAUCCUGGGAAGAGAGCUAAAAGACCCUCCGGAAGAGAUGCGAAUCAGGAGAAUGCACCGACUUUCGUGGAGAACAUGGCAGAACUGAAAGAGUGGAUUACUGGUCAGCUCCGUAAUUGGAAGGACGAAGUGGUGGAGUUGAUUUCUAGCAAGCUCGAGAAACGGGAUGGAGGCGAUGUGAAAGAAAAUGUGAAGAAAACAGAUCAGGAAAUUGCGAAGGAGGCGCAGGAAAACAAAAAAACGAAGGAAAACGUAUUGCACCAUGUAGGAAAGGGUGAGGCUAGAGAAGAAGAUAAGCUCAAAGACAGUGAGGAGGAGAUUGAUGAUGUUAUUGCGGUGGGAGUGAAAGCGAAGGUAAAAGUUUGCGACGCAAACAAGGCAGGCACGAGUCGGAGAAGAUCGAGCAGACUUAAGGGAAAGGAGCACGCGGAUUCUGUGAGUCUAGAUGCACCUUCCCUGCACGAUGAAGAGGCAGAGGGAAGUGGCCAGAAACAACAACUAGAAUCUGAUAAUAGGGAUGAAGAACUCUCAACCUACGAUGUCUAG